AUGCCUUCGAUGAGCGCCGUGGAGCCCGAGAUGAAGGAGCACUUGGUGAGACCUCGGAGCAAGGUCUUCAGCAUCGGUGGAGACAUCUACGACUCCAGCGGGGAGGAUACAAAGCACCUUCCUCUGCCCUUCCUCCCACCGACCAACAAGGUGUUCGACAUGUUCUUCUUUUGGGAGCUUUAUGACACCCUAGCAAAGCGGACACUGCGGCAAGACGUGCCGCUCGUGGCGGUGAGGAACAUGUCCUGCAAGCUCAUGAUCAUCUUCGACGAACCAGAUCCACAGGACGUGAACUUCUUCGGGAGCAUCUCCAAGAAGUUCUGUUCCUGGAAGGACGUCCGGCGAGCUCUGCUGACGGAGGGCCAUCCGACCCUCGGACUCACCACGAUCGAGCGGAUCUUCAUGACUUUGGAUGACGAUCGCAGCUGCAGGUUGGCGCAGGUCUGGUUCUGGUUCAUUCUGCUGGUCACGGUGGCGAACCUCGUCCGUAUGGUGAAGCCGCAUUAUGUGCAGGGAAUCUGCGACAUGGCAGACCUCGGCGACUGUACAAACUCCUUCCAGGUGAUGUGCCUCCUGGUCUUCAGCUUUGACUAUCUUGUCCGACUGGCUUGUGCCCCCUUUGUUAGACUUGAGCUCCUGAGUCCGCAAAUGGAGUACUUCAACCUCGACGACUUCGGCAGGCGACCCUUCACCCGAAAAAGCCGCGUCAUGGAGUUCGUGAAAAAGUCGGACAACCUCGUGGACCUUGUGGCAAUCAUGCCCUACUGGGUCAAUAUCCUCGUGGGCCAGUUCUUGCCGUCCUCGUCCUUCUUGCGGAUCAUCCGGUUAGCCAGGCUCUUCCGCAUUGCAAAGUCGGCUCGAUACUUGGACAUGCUGCAGGACCUUGUGGAAGAGCAUCGGCAUCUGGGUCCUUGUUCAGGAGCUGAACCUGUAG